AUGCAAUCACCGAAAGAGGAGGAAGACAGGACAUCAAUUGGAGUCGAGAAAACCCCAGUAGACGAUGCCGCCAGUAGGUAUGCUGCCUUGCGUAACCACUCGAUUCGGUUUGAAGAUGCAAUCGAUCCUAAUGCAGAGCGAGUAGACAAGCUGGGAAAGAUGGACGUUGUCUUUGGGAGAGGCAAGGGUUAUCAGAAUCAUCCAGGAAACCAGAGGAUGCGAUCCAUCAUUGAUGGGUACAAGAUCAAGUAUCAUACAUUGAAGCGAGCUGAGAAGAAGAAUCUUGUUGAACAAGUUUACAAUGAAAUAGUUGAAGGGGGUGUAAGAUUCUUGAAGAAGGACAACAAUGAAAAUUCAUGGAUCCUUGUAGAUGCGCCUGUCGCAAUGCAGAAAGUUAGCCACACCCUCCGUUGUCGAAAACUGAAGGGAGCAGAUACGGCUGAGCUUGCAAAUGAUACAAACUUAUCGCUUGCAGCGCAAAGAUCCAACGUUGCUAUUCAUCCCCAAGCCGACCAAUCAUCCUUGUUGAUGAUGCAAAGAGGGGAAAUAUUACCGUCCAUGCAAGCUGCCAAUCCUUCCUUGGCAUCUUUUUAUGGCAGCCUCAGUGGGCAGCCUUCAGCAGGGUCGUUUGGUGGAUCCCUGGGAAGGUUUGGAAUGGGAACUGGGUCUUCGUUUGCAGGUCUUCAAGGACAACAGCUUUCGUCAUGGGGCGGAUAUGGAGGAAUUGGGAACCUACCCAUGAUGGGAGCUCCCGCAGCUAUGGACUACUAUACGUUGUUGAGGCGGCAACAACUAGUUCAAGAGGCUACUAUGAGGAUGCAGCAGCAGCAGGAUGCAGCCAUGUCGAACUCGGCGAGGUUGCAGUUAGCGACGAACAAUGAGAUAGAAAGCUUGGCAAUGCAGCAAUACGUGGCACAAUUUUCUAUGAACAACCGCGGUGGAGACAACAACGCCCCACCAACAGAUGGCAGCACUCGAUAUACUACUGAUAGAAGGUAG